AUGAGAUAUCUGUUCAGAGUCAGCUUGGGUCUUAUCGGCUUAUUUCCAUGGCUUGGACUCUCCCUUGAUGUCGCUAUCCACCAGGAAUGUGUUGCCGCUGUUUUUGGUAUCAUCGGUAAUCUCAACUUUGAAGGCAUCGGUUAUGGUGAAUACUAUUUGGGAGUUUGCCAAAACCCUCUGAAAGUCACUUCUGUCUACGCUAUUUCUAGGGCGUAUUGCCCGCCCAAUGACUUAGAUACCGGGAUCGCCUACUUCAGCUUAGCCUGUCAGACCUAUGGCAGCGUGGAACUCAUCCCAGUGGCAGACAUAGCUACAAAUUUGACUGAUAAAGCAGUUAGCAGCUUUCCUAUCCUCGAUCAGGAUGAUGAGAGGAUUUUGACUAAUCUCACGACGCCAAUUCUAAUCGCGAGAGAUUGGUUUGAAUUGGGUUUUCGCACAGAGGACACGUGGGAUUAUGAAGCCCGAACGCAUGAUGCCUAUGGAUACGCGAUGUAUGGAUUCUGGGGCGGUGUUCUUGUCAUUGGAGUUCUGCAUCGAAUUAUCACCUUGAUCAACGAAAGUCGGCUGUCACCUUCAUCCAUCGACCCUGAGAACACCGGAAGAGCAGAUAGUCGCGAGAAAGCAACUGAGAGAAGCCGUCCAUUUGUAUCGAUGUACUCAUGGAUCCGGAAGAACCUCAUUACUCCCAGCGCCUUGCCUCCAUAUCGCCGCCAGCCCUUUUUCGGAUGCACCAUACCAACUCGCAUUGAGGUAUUCAUCGUCUUGUCAUAUUGGGUCGUUAGUUUCAUACUUUGUUGCGUAAACUACCGCGGAUUCAAAGGCAACCUUUACUGGUCUGCCGUUGCUCCUCAGAUAUGGCGAUAUAUCGCUGACCGAGCGGGCAUCAUGGCUUACUCCAACUUACCCUUGAUGUGGAUGUUCAGUGGGCGUAACAACAUUUUCAUCUGGCUAACUGGCUGGCAAUUCUCGACGUUCAACCUUUUCCACAGACAUAUCGCUCGCAUAGCGACUUUGCAAGCUAUCAUUCAUUCCAUUGCCUAUACGGCUUUCUAUUUCACUUCAGGCGAUGCGACUGAUUACCGAGAAUCGUUCCAUGAAGCUUGGUGGUGCCUAGGAGUCGUGGCCACGAUUUCAAUGAGUUUUAUUGUUCUCUUCUCUUUCAGUUGGUUCCGUCGGAAGAUCUAUGAGUCUUUCCUUCUGAUCCACAUCAUUUUAUCCGUCGUGUUGAUUGUCGCUCUUUUCCACCACACGUCCAUAUUCGAUGGAGAAUACAAUCCUUAUUUGUGGCCUCUUGUUGCCAUUUGGAGCUUUGACCGUUUUCUGAGGAUCGUUCGAGUUAUCUAUUGCAAUCUCCACGUUCGACUGCGCACAAAAGCACUCCACCGUAGUGUCGCCGCGAUUUCCUACGACCAGGACGCCAAUAUCGUCCGUGUCCAAAUCAACACGCACGUGAAGCCAAAACCUGGCCAGCACUAUUAUCUCUACCAGCCGUUCCACUUUACUGGCUGGGAGAAUCACCCUUUCACUUUGGCAUACUGGAGCCAGUCCACAAAUGAAACUGCUCAGAGUCAGACUGACUCUCCGGCUACGAAUAACGUCACAAAUCCGCCGUCGAGAGUUCAUGCAGUCGCUGAAGACGAGUAUAUUCUCUCUUUCUGGAUUCGCCCCUAUGAUGGCUGGACACGCCGUGUUCGUGAUAUAUGUCUGAAGUCUCAACCUACAUCCAAACUCUCUUCAGUCUCUGGAGAGACUGUCCUCCUUGAAGGCCCUUAUGGCAUGGCCGAGCCACUAUGGGCGUUUGACGAGGUCCUUCUUAUUGCAGGCGGGUCAGGCAUUGCGGCUAUGAUUCCGUAUAUACUUGAUCAUGUCUCACGGGCCGCUGCAGGUCAAACACGCAUACGUGGGCUGACAUUGGUUUGGUCUGAUCGCAAACAAGCUUAUCUCCAUCGAAUUGCUCAGCGGGAACUCGCGGCAGCACUUACAGGGGACGACAUCAAAUGUUUAUUUUACUGUACAGAUUCUUCAAAGGUUUCCGUCGGCUAUUUAACUUUACCGUCUCCAGAUGAAAUCUCAUUGGAGAAUACAUGCAAAGAGACGAAAGAAUGUAGUGUGCUUGAGGAUAAAGAGGCGACUGGUGAUGUACACCAGGCCGAUUCUUUCAUUUUCAAGACGGGCAGACCUGACAUUCCGACGCUCAUUGAGAGUGCAGCGGCGUCCGCUAUCGAGUCUGGUUCACGGCUAGCUGUGAUGGCCUGUGGUCCCGGUGAGUUGGCGGAUACAGCCAGGGCAGCGACACAUCGAGCUAUGCGCCAUCAGAGUAAUUCUGUUGAAUAUUUUGAAGAGGCGUUUGGAUGGUAG